AUGUCUUCUUCGUAUUUGGACCUUGUAGAUAAAUCAACGGAGCUGGAAAAUUCUAAAGUUCGGGUCUAUGCAAAAACUGCUGUUAAUAGUUGCGUCGUAACUCAAAUGGUUACAUGUGCGUUGAGAAGUCAUCAAUGCAAGGAUAUUUUGUUCGUAAAGGAAACGGUGUUGGAGUUAUUAGAGUUAACUCCUGAAGGUGUACUAGUAUCAUUAUUUGAACAGCCAAUAUUUGGUACGGUUAAAAAUGUAAAAGUGUUGAAAUGUAAAUUUUCUGGACUAUUAUUUUUUGAUUCAGAAAGUGGAAAUGUCUAUCAUGAACUUGAAUUAUCAUCAUUAUCAUCAAACAAAAAACAAU